UCCGACUGUGACGAUGAUGAGGUGGAGAAGUGUGGGGUCGUGUUUCCUUUUUUUGUCUGUGGCAAGUGUCAUCAACGUGCAAGCCAGACUGGUUCCCAACCAUGUGAGCAGCAUCUGCAGCACAUGGGGCCGGGAGCACUUCAAGACGUUUGACGGAGAUGUGUUUCAAUUCCCUGGCAUGUGUGAGUACAACCUGGCCUCCGACUGCCAUGAGUCCUACCAGGAGUUUUCCGUGCACAUGAGUCGGAAGGUCAAAGAUGGAAACCCUACAGUCAGUCAUGUGGUGGUCACCAUCAAUGACCUUAUGUUCUACCUCAGCAAGGACAUGGUCAUGGUGAAUGACAUCCCUGUUAAACUGCCACACUACAAUUCAGGGGUACAAGUGGAAAAAAAUGCCGCCUACAUCAAGCUCCAAUCGAAAGUCGGCCUCACUGUCAUGUGGAACAGGGAUGAUGCAGUCAUGGUGGAACUGGAUACUGAUUAUGCAAACCGUACUUGUGGUCUUUGUGGAGACUUCAAUGGAGUUCCUCUCCACAAUGAGUUCAUUCAUCAUGGUCGCAAAAUCAGCCCCAUUGAGUUCGGCAACAAACAGAAAGUCCACCUUCCAAACGAGGUGUGUGAGGAUCCGGAUGAAGAGGAGGAUGAAUCUCUGGAGACUGUGCUGGAUUCAUGCAGGGAGUUUCAAACCACCUGUGCCCAGAUGCUGCAUUCAGAGCCUUGGAGCUCCUGCACCACACGUAUUGACCCUGAGCCUUACAUCCUGGCCUGUGUGCAGGACAUGUGUGGCUGCACCAACAAUACAAAUGACUUCUGCGUCUGCAGCACACUCUCUGAAUUCUCCAGACAGUGUUCCCAUGCAGGGGGAACACCUCCCAACUGGAGGACACCUCAGUUCUGCGCCAAACAGUGCCCAUUCAACAUGGUGUAUGAAGAGAGUGGCUCCCCUUGCAUGGAUACAUGCACACUUCUAGACACAAGCUCUCUGUGUGAGGAUCACAAGAUCGACGGCUGCUUCUGUCCUCCUGGAACUGUGUUUGAUGAUAUUUCCUUGAGAGGGUGUGUUGCUCAAUCUGAAUGUCAGUGCAAACACAACAAAAUCUACAACUCUGGUGAGGUUUACCGACAGGACAGAGAGGAAUGUACAUGUGUUGAGGGUAGAUGGGCCUGUAAGAGCCUUCAGACUCCUACUACUUGUGCAGUGGAGGAGGGCUCACAUGUAACUACCUUUGAUGGGAAAACAUACACCUUCCAUGGGGACUGCUACUACACCCUAGCCAAAGUGGAAAGCAAGGAUAAAGCAAGUCCAAAGUUUACCAUCCUGGUUCACUUGGUGCCAUGUGCAAAUCAAGAGUUUGACACUUGCCUUAAGGGUAUCAAAAUCCUGCUGAACAAUGACAGAAACAAUGUAUUAAUGUUCACCUCCGAUGGCACAGUGAAGCAGAACAUGCAGACAGUCAAUUUGCCAUACAACUCAGGUGACAUCAACAUAUUCCACGCCUCAUCCUUUCACAUCAUGCUCCAGACAAGUUUCGGGUUGCAAAUUCAGAUCCAACAUGUGCCCGUGAUGCAAGUCUAUGUCAGCCUUGACCAAAGCUACAGAGCAAAGACUCGUGGUUUAUGCGGGAACUACAACAUGGUCCUGUCUGAUGACAUGAAGACUCCUCAGGGGAUCGUGGAGGGAACAGCAACCACUUUUACUAACUCGUGGAAGGCUAACUACAUGUGUCCAGACAGAGAGGAAAGACUUGAGGACCCUUGCUCCCUCAGUGUGGAAAAUGAGUGGUAUGCCAAACACUGGUGCGCCUUGCUGCUGAGUCCAGACAGCAGCUUUGCUCAGUGCCGUUCAGUGGUGGAUCCUGAGUUGUAUUACAAGAGAUGUACUUAUGCUAGCUGCAACUGUGAGAAGAGUGAGGACUGUCUGUGUGCCGUCUUCUCCUCCUACGCUCGGGCUUGUGCCUCUAAGGGAGUGUUCCUGAAAGACUGGAGAGAUAAAGUGUGCGACAAAUACACCAGGAACUGCCCAGCGACUCAGAUCUUCUCUUACCAGCAUCAGAGAUGCCAGCUGACCUGCAGAUCACUUGGCUCAAUGCAGCAGAGUUGCACUUCCAACUUCAUGCCUGUGGAUGGCUGCUCCUGCCCUGACGGCCUCUACCUAAAUGAAAAUGGCAUCUGCAUCCCCAUGGCAAAAUGUCCCUGCUACCAUAACGAAGUCUACAUCAAGUCAGGAAAGUCGAUCAGCAUCAAAGAUGAGCACUGUGUGUGUAACAAUGGAAUGCUUCAUUGCCAUUCUUGGAGAGCCCGCUCAGCAACAUGCCAAUCUCCAAAACAGUUCUUCAAUUGCUCUGCUGCUGGCUCAGGACAGCUGGGACUGCACUGUGCUCAAACUUGUUUAAAUAUGGAAAGCGAUGAUUGUGACUCCACAGAGUGUGAAUCUGGCUGCCGGUGUCCAGCUGGCCUUCUUGAUGAUGGCAAAGGUUCCUGUGUGCAAAAAAAUCAAUGUCCGUGUAAGCACGAUGGCCAUAUUUAUACCGCUGGAACACAAAUCCCUGAGCAGUGCAACACCUGUACCUGCAAAAGUGGAAGCUGGGUGUGCAGCGAGAAAAAAUGCCCACAAACUUGCACUAUUUAUGGGAGUGGCCACUACAAAACAUUUGAUCAGCAAACAUAUGGAUUUCAUGGAGAAUGUGCCUAUGUUGCUGUGAAGAACAAAUGUGGCAAUAAAACAGUGCAGGACAGCUUUGGGGUCAUCACAGAAAAUGUACCUUGUGGAACUACAGGCACCACAUGCUCAAAAACUAUCAGAAUCUAUCUUGGGCGAACGGAAAUUAAACUAUCGAAGGGUAAAUAUGAAGAGUUCAACCUGGGCCUUGGUGAUGAGAUUCAUUACAGAAUAAGAAGGGUUGGCUUGUACGUGGUGAUAGAAUCAGCCAUUGGUCUGUCAGUGAUGUGGGAUGGAAAAACAACUGUUCGCAUUAUCCUGGAACCACAGCACAGUGGAAAGGUGUGUGGUCUGUGUGGAGAUUUUGAUGGUGAUGGACAGAACGACUUCACCACCCAGGGUCAUCUGGUAGUAAGCAAUCCUGAAUUUGCCAACAGCUGGAAAGUGUCAAGCCAUUGCCCAGAUGUGGAUAUGAAUGCUAACCCCUGUGGUGCAAAACCCAAUCGACAUCACUGGGCAAAAAUGAUGUGCAGCAUUAUAACUGGGAAUACUUUCAAAAAUUGCCACAAUAAGGUUGCUCCCCGUCCAUUUUAUGACAACUGCGUGAAAGACUCAUGUGCCUGCGACUCUGGAGGAGACUGUGAAUGUUUCUGCUCAGCAGUCGCAGCUUAUGCUCAAGCGUGUAAUGAGGCUUCUGUAUGUGUUGCAUGGAGAACUCCAGAAAUCUGUCCUGUCUAUUGUGAUUACUACAACAACCCAGGUGAAUGCAAGUGGCACUACCAUCCUUGCCACACACCUUGCUACAAGACCUGUUUGAAUCCAGAAGAAAGUUGCAGCAAACUUUUACCCAACCUGGAAGGCUGCUACCCUUUAUGCCCAGAAGAUAAGCCGAUAUAUGAUGAGGAAACCGGGUUGUGUGUGGAGGAAUGUGCAGGUUGCUUUUUCAACAACACUAGAUACGAGGAAGAAGAAGUUAUUUUCAAUGCCACUGACAAUAUGGGAAUGUGCUAUUAUGCAAUAUGCAGGAAUGCAACAGUGAUAUUUGAAAAUAAAACUUGCAUUGACACAACUACAACUGUCCCAACAACAACAAUUGCCAUCACAACACCUGUUACGACACCAAACGAACCUCCUACAACAACCACAGAAUAUACAACCCCACAAACUCAAACUACUACAACAAAUGAAACAACAAGCACUACCUCAACAUCUAUAACCCCAUCAAAUGAACCCACUACACCUUGUAUUAAAACAUGUGAGUGGUCAGAGUGGUAUGAUGUGCAUACCCCAGUGAAGGACAAAAGUGACUGGGAAACGUAUGAAAACAUAACAAAUAGUGGUAUACAAAUGUGUGAAAAACACACAGAAAUUGAUUGUAGAGCAGCAGAUAAUCCUGAGAUGAACUUCGAUGACUUUGUUGAUCAAACUGGCCAAAAGGUUUCUUGUGAUAAAGAUGUUGGUUUAAUAUGUAGGAAAGAAGACCAGAUUGAACGCCCGUGGAAAUGCUUCAACUAUAAGAUCAGAGUAUGUUGUGAAGUAGAGACAUGUGUAACUUCAACCCCAUCAACUUCAACGCCCACUACUAACCGACCAACUGAACCUACUACUACAGCUGAAACACCAACCACAACCACCGAAUCUACAACCCCAAAAACUCAUCCUACAACUACAACAAUUGAAACACCAACACCAAUCACCGAAUCCACAACUCAGCCAACUGAACCCACUACUACAGCUGAAACACAAUCUACAACCACAGUAUCUACAACACCACCGACAGCUGAAACCCCAACCACUAAACCUACCACUACAACAAUUGAAACACCAACACCAACAACAGAAUCUACAACCCCAAUUACUGAACCUACCACCACAACUGAAACACCAACAACAACCACAGAAUCUACAACCCCACCCACUGAACCCACUACUACAGCUGAAACACAAUCUACAACCACAGAAUCUACAACCCCACCGACAGCUGAAACUCCAACCACAGAAUCUAACACGCCAACUACUAAACCUACCACCACAACUGAAACACCAACAACAACCACAGCAUCUACAACCCCACCAACUGAACCUACAACUACAACAAUUGAAACACCAACACCAACCACAGAAUCUACAACCCCACCACCUAAACCUACCACUACAACAAUUGAAACGCCAACAGCAACCACAGCAUCUACAGCCCCACCAACAAAACCUACUACUACAGCUGAAACACCAACCACAACCACAGAGUCUACAACCCCACCACCUAAACCUACCACUACCACAAUUGAAACACCAACCACAGAAUCUACAACCCUACCACCUAAACCUACCACUACAACAAUUGAAACGCCAACACCAACCACAUCAUCUACAACCCCACCAACAAAACCUACUACUACAGCUGAAACACCAACCACAACCACAGAGUCUACAACCCCACCACCUAAACCUACCACUACCACAAUUGAAACACCAACCACAGAAUCUACAACCCUACCACCUAAACCUACCACUACAACAAUUGAAACGCCAACACCAACCACAGCAUCUACAACCCCACCAACAAAACCUACUACUACAGCUGAAACACCAACCACAACCACAGAGUCUACAACCCCACCAACUAAACCUACCAGUACAACAAUUGAAACACCAACACCAACCACAGAAUCUACAACCCCACCACCUAAACCUACCACUACAACAAUUGAAACGCCAACAGCAACCACAGCAUCUAUAACUCUGCCAACUGAACCCACUACUACAGCUGAAACACAAUCUACAACCACAGAAUCUACAACCCCACCGAUAGCUGAAACUCCAACCACAGAAUCUAACACGCCAACUACUAAACCCACCACCACAACUGAAACACCAACAACAAUCACAGCAUCUACAACCCCACCAACUGAACCUACAACUACUACAAUUGAAACACCAACACCAACCACAGAAUCUACAACCCCACCACCUAAACCUACCACUACAACAAUUGAAACGCCAACAGCAACCACAGCAUCUACAACCCCACCAACAAAACCUACUACUACAGCUGAAACACCAACAGCAACCACAGCAUCUACAACCCCACCAACUAAACCUACUACUACAGCUGAAACACCAACCACAACCACAGAGUCUACAAUCCCACCAACUAAACCUACCACUACAACAACUGAAACACCAACACCAACCACAGAAUCUACAACCCCACCACCUAAACCUACAGCUACAACAAUUGAAACGCCAACAGCAACCACAGAAUCUAUAACUCCGCCAACUGAACCCACUACUACAGCUGAAACACAAUCUACAACCACAGAAUCUACAACCCCACCGACAGCUGAAACUCCAACCACAGAAUCUAACACGCCAACUACUAAACCCACCACCACAACUGAAACACCAACAACAAUCACAGCAUCUACAACCCCACCAACUGAACCUACAACUACAACAAUUGAAACACCAACACCAACCACAGAAUCUACAACCCCACCACCUAAACCUACCACUACAACAAUUGAAACGCCAACAGCAACCACAGCAUCUACAACCCCACCAACAAAACCUACUACUACAGCUGAAACACCAACAGCAACCACAGCAUCUACAACCCCACCAACUAAACCUACUACUACAGCUGAAAAACCAACCACAACCACAGAGUCUACAAUCCCACCAACUAAACCUACCACUACAACAACUGAAACACCAACACCAACCACAGAAUCUACAACCACACCACCUAAACCUACAGCUACAACAAUUGAAACGCCAACAGCAACCACAGCAUCUAUAACUCCGCCAACUGAACCCACUACUACAGCUGAAACACAAUCUACAACCACAGAAUCUACAACCCCACCGACAGCUGAGACUCCAACCACAGAAUCUAACACGCCAACUACUAAACCCACCACCACAACUGAAACACCAACAACAAUCACAGCAUCUACAACCCCACCAACUGAACCUACAACUACAACAAUUGAAACACCAACACCAACCACAGAAUCUACAACCCCACCACCUAAACCUACCACUACAACAAUUGAAACGCCAACAGCAACCACAGCAUCUACAACCCCACCAACAAAACCUACUACUACAGCUGAAACACCAACAGCAACCACAGCAUCUACAACCCCACCAACAAAACCUACUACUACAGCUGAAACACCAACCACAACCACAGAGUCUACAAUCCCACCAACUAAACCUACCACUACAACAACUGAAACACCAACACCAACCACAGAAUCUACAACCCCACCACCUAAACCUACCACUACAACAAUUGAAAUGCCAACAGCAACCACAGCAUCUAUAACUCCGCCAACUGAACCCACUACUACAGCUGAAACACAAUCUACAACCACAGAAUCUACAACCCCACCGACAGCUGAAACUCCAACCACAGAAUCUAAAACGCCAACUACUAAACCUACCACCACAACUGAAACACCAACAACAAUCACAGCAUCUACAACCCUACCAACUGAACCUACAACCACAACAAUUGAAACACCAACACCAACCACAGAAUCUACAACCCCACCACCUAAACCUACCACUACAACAAUUGAAACGCCAACAGCAACCACAGCAUCUACAACCCCACCAACAAAACCUACUACUACCACCGCUGAAACACCAACAGCAACCACAGCAUCUACAACCCCACCAACAAAACCUACUACUACAGCUGAAACACCAACCACAACCACAGAACUCCGCCAACUGAACCCACUACUACAGCUGAAACACAAUCUACAACCACAGAAUCUACAACCCCACCAACAGCUGAAACUCCAACCACAGAAUCUAACACGCCAACUACUAAACCUACCACCACAACUGAAACACCGACAACAAUCACAGCAUCUACAACCCCACCAACUGAACCUACAACUACAACAAUUGAAACACCAACACCAACCACAGAAUCUACAACCCCACCACCUAAACCUACUACUACAGCUGAAACACCAACCACAACCACAGAGUCUACAACCCCACCAAUUAAACCUACCACUACAACAAUUGAAACGCCAACAGCAACCACAGCAUCUACAGCCCCACCAACAAAACCUACUACUACAGCUGAAUCACCAACCACAACCACAUCAUCUACAACCCCACCACCUAAACUUACCACUACAACAAUUGAAACGCCAACAGCAACCACAGCAUCUACAACCCCACCAACAAAACCUACUACUACAGCUGAAACACCAACCACAACCACAGAGUCUACAACCCCACCACCUAAACCUACCACUGCCACAAUUGAAACACCAACCACAGAAUCUACAACCCUACCACCUAAACCUACCACUACAACAAUUGAAACGCCAACACCAACCACAGCAUCUACAACCCCACCAACAAAACCUACUACUACAGCUGAAACACCAACCACAACCACAGCAGUCUACAACCCCACCAACUGAACCUACAACUACAACAAUUGAAACACCAACACCAACCACAGAAUCUACAACCCCACCACCUAAACCUACCACUACAACAAUUGAAACGCCAACAGCAACCACAGCAUCUAUAACUCUGCCAACUGAACCCACUACUACAGCUGAAACACAAUCUACAACCACAGAAUCUACAACCCCACCGACAGCUGAAACUCCAACCACAGAAUCUAACACGCCAACUACUAAACCCACCACCACAACUGAAACACCAACAACAAUCACAGCAUCUACAACCCCACCAACUGAACCUACAACUACAACAAUUGAAACACCAACACCAACCACAGAAUCUAUAACCCCACCACCUAAACCUACUACUACAGCUGAAACACCUACAGCAACCACAGCAUCUACAACCCCACCAACAAAACCUACUACUACAGCUGAAACACCAACCACAACCACAGAAUCUACAAUCCCACCAACUAAACCUACAACUACAACAACUGAAACACCAACACCAACCACAGAAUCUACAACCCCACCACCUAAACCUACCACUACAACAAUUGAAACGCCAACAGCAACCACAGCAUCUAUAACUCCGCCAACUGAACCCACUACUACAGCUGAAACACAAUCUACAACCACAGAAUCUACAACCCCACCGACAGCUGAAACUCCAACCACAGAAUCUAAAACGCCAACUACGAAACUUACGACCACAACUGAAACACCAACAACAAUCACAGCAUCUACAACCCCACCAACUGAACCUACAACUACAACAAUUGAAACACCAACACCAACCACAGAAUCUACAACCCCACCACCUAAACCUACCACUACAACAAUUGAAACGCCAACAGCAACCACAGCAUCUACAACCCCACCAAUUGAACCUACUACUACAGCUGAAACACCAACCACAACCACAGAGUCUACAAUCCCACCAACUAAACCUACCACUACAACAACUGAAACACCAACACCAACCACAGAAUCUACAACCCCACCACCUAAACCUACAACUACAACAAUUGAAACGCCAACCGCAACCACAGCAUCUACAACCCCACCAACAAAACCUACUACUACAGCUGAAACACCAACCACAACCACAGAGUCUACAACUCCACCAACUGAACCCACUACUACAACUACUGAAGAGUCUACUGUUUCUACAACAUCGUGGAGUCCUGUCACUGAACCAACUUCAUCAACAUUAGUCCCAUCAACUGACCACCUAAUCACUGCAACUACAGAAUGUUUCUGUAUAGUUAAUGGAACGCAUUAUAGGCCAGGGGAUGUCAUACCAGGCAUGGAACACAUUGGAUUGAAUGUAUGUCUCAAAAUGAUAUGUUCCGAUGUUUGUGAGAUUCGCAAAGAGCCUGUCAUUUGUCCAACCACAACCAUGCCUACCACCACACCCACACCUUCUGUGCCUACCUGCCCUGAAUGGAAUGUAACACAAAAUGUGACUUUCUUAUUAUGCAACUGCACUAUGGCUAAAUGCAUUGAGAACAACACCAUUGAAAUUGUUCCAUAUGAAUGUCCACCUAUUGAGAUGAUCACUUGUGCCAAUGGAAAGAAACCAGUUCUUGUGGAUGAUGAAUACAAAUGCUGCAAGCGUUACGUUUGUGACUGUGUAUGUGAAGGCUGGGGAGAUCCUCAUUACAUCACAUUUGAUGGAUUAUACUACAGUUAUCAAGGAAACUGUACUUACGUUUUGAUGGAAGAGAUUCUCCCAAAACAUCAUUUGAACAUUUACAUUGACAAUGUCUAUUGUGAUCCCUCUGAAGAUGUUUCUUGUCCGCGAUCAAUAAUUAUAUCAUUCCGAUCCGAAGUUGUCACACUUAUUAAUCAUAACCUUCUUGGAGCAGCGCAGCUGGAGGCUCGGAAAAAUGGGAAACGUCUGAAACUACCUUAUUCACAAUAUGGUGUUAAGAUCCUGGAUUCUGGCAUCAACUUGGUUCUGGAAAUCCCUCACCUUAAAGUUGUCAUUACAUUUGGAAUAACUGGCUUUAGUGUCAGCCUUCCAUAUACUGACUUUGGCAGCAACACACAGGGGCAUUGUGGCACAUGCAAUAAUAACCAGGCUGAUGACUGCAAGUUGCCUGGAGGUCAGCUGCUGGAAAAUUGUGCCGUGAUGGCCGACUUUUGGCCUGCAAAACACAUUGAACAGCCUGAUUGCCUCAUACCAUCUGUACCACCCACCAAUAAACCUGAACCUCCACCAACUUUAACUCCCUGCAAGCCAGACUCCAUAUGUCACCUGCUUAAGAGCAGACUCUUUGAAGCGUGCCAUCCAUUUGUCUCUCCUGACAACUUCUACCAAGGUUGUAUUUUUGACAGCUGCCAUGUUUCCAACCCAGUAGUGGAGUGCACAAGUCUGCAAACUUAUGCUGCUGCCUGUGCUCAGGCUGGGGUUUGCCUGCACUGGAGAAACCACACCACUUUGUGUGCAAGUGGCUGCCCUUCAAACAAGGUUUACAAGCCAUGUGGUCCUGCAGAACAGUCAACCUGUGAAGACAAUCCUAAUGAAUCAAGAAUGAACUUCACUACUGAGGGUUGCUUUUGUCCUGAUGGAAUGAAACUCUUUAACAAGGACUCUGGCAUAUGUGUUGAAAAGUGUGGAUGUCUUGAUCCUGAGGGAAAUCCUCGUGAGUUCAAUGAGCGGUUUGAUUACAAAUGCCAAACUUGCAUCUGUAACGAGUACACCAAGAGUAUCGCUUGCAAGCCUAAAGAGUGCCCAACUGCACCGGUAACAAACUGCACUGGUCCCGGGUUUGUCAUGGUCGAUACCACUAAUCCAUCAGACCACUGCUGUUCUGCCUUUGUUUGUCAAUGUAACAGCAACACUUGCCCAACUACAAACCUGAACUGCCCUAUAGGAUAUAUUCCAGUUGUCAGUGUUCCUGAGGGAAAAUGCUGUCCAGAACGUAUAUGUGAACCAAAAAGAGUAUGUGUACACAAAGACACUGAAUACCAGCCUGGCUCUGCAGUUCCUGCAGCACCAUGCCAGAAUUGUCGCUGUACCAAUGAGCUGGACCCCAAUUCUGAUCUAUUCAAGAUAACAUGUGAAUAUCAGAAAUGUAAAACAGACUGUCACUUGGGAUAUGAAUAUCUGGAAACUGAUUCAGAUGAAUGCUGUGGAAAAUGUGUACAGACACACUGUAUCGUCAGUCUUAACGAAACUAAGAAGCUCUUGAAGGCAGGAGACAGCUGGUCAGCACCUGAGAAUAAGUGUCAGCAUUACACCUGUGUUGAGCUUGGUGAUACUUUAACGAUGUUCAAGUCCCACAUUGUUUGCCCACCAUUUCAACAGAGCAACUGCCAGCCUGGCACCAUUCAGACUGCAGCAGAUGGCUGUUGUAAAAUUUGUGUGGAGAGGGAGAAGGCCUGCAAGACAGUUUCCAUGAAGACAGUUGUUAUGCACAAGGGCUGUCAGUCAUACAAUGAGGUAGAGAUGCCAUAUUGUGAAGGAACCUGCAACACUUACACCAAGUACUCUAAAGAAGCAGCAGCUAUGCAGCAUUCUUGCUCCUGCUGUAAGGAGACCCGCUCCAGCAAUCGCACCGUUGACCUGCACUGCUUGAAUGGAGAUGUGGUUCCCUACACGUACAUCCAUGUGGAAGAGUGUGGCUGCGGCCACACAGAUUGCACCACAGCGGCUGCACAACCUGCUCGCAGGAGGCGAAGCUCCACACUGGUGUGAAAAAGCCAUCAGUCAUCAUAUUAAUGGAUGUGGAAUGUAAAUGAUUUUUUUCCCGAUACUGUCUUAACAAUCAUUGUAUUUCUUUCAAAGCAAUUGCCUUUGUAGAGAAAAUAUUUGUCAAUUAAUGUAAUAAAAGUUUGCAACUCUA